UGUCUGUUUCUUUGGGAACGUGCUUCUCUCAACAGUCAGUAUGCCGUGCCAAGUUACCCGGACAUCCCUGGCUUGGAAACGUUUUCAGGAAAAGUCAUCCACAGUCACGAAUACCGCCACCCGGAGGAUUUCAAGGGCCAGACGGUGGUCUUGUUCGGUGCUGGACCCUCUGGCCGUGACAUCGGCGUGGAUCUCCACACCUUCGUUGACAAAAUCUAUCUCAGUCAUCACAUCCCGAACCUCGACGCCUUGCUUCCUGAUAACCUGCGACAAGUCCCGGAUAUAAAGUCUAUAGACAAGGGCCGCGUGGUGUUCACAGAUGGGCAAAGCGUCGAGGCCGAUGUGCUGAUGUUGUGCACAGGAUACCUCUACGACUUCCCGUUCUUGACGCCGGAGUGCGAAGUUGUCGUAGACCGGAAGAGGAUAUCGCCGCUGUAUAAACACAUCCUGCACACCAAGCACACCUCGCUGUCUUUCAUUGGAGUUGUCUGGACUAUCAGCCCCUUCCAGUUACUAGCAUGCCAGGUACGGUUUGCCAUGGCUGCCUUAGACGGCACCAUGAUCCUACCCAGCAGGACGGACAUGGACGCCGACACGCAACGUGAUUACGAGUAUCGUCGCGACGAGUUAAAGUACCCACAUCACUACGCUCACAAGAUGGACCACUUGCAGUGGGAGUACAACAAGGAACUGCUACGGCUGGCCAACGUUGUGGAUGAUGAAGGGGCCACUUUACCUCUCUUCAAGGAGCUUUAUGACGCGACGAUCCGCUUGCGAACUGAGGACCUUGUCAACUAUAAGAAGCGUAUUAUUGAGAUAUCUGACGACUGGACUAGCUGGCAGGCUUUGUAA